AUGCACGGAGCAGCUCAACGUCUCCUUGAGAAGAAGGAUUUCAAGGAAUUGGACACCGAUGGUGAUGGCCAAGUCUCGCAGAAGGAGCUCGACUCCUCACUGGCCGACAUGAAAGUCGAAGGCCAGGACUUGGAACAAGCAAGGCAGCAGAUAUUGCAACAAGCGGACACGGACGGCGAUGGCGUUCUCUCCCAGGAGGAGUUUGAGUGCGCCAAAGCCGAGGUUUCAAAGAAGCAGACGUCCGAGUACUCCGAGAAGAAGCUGCUGGUCCGCAGCAUCCUCAGCGGCAGCUACUCUGACGACGGCGAUGGUCGGAUCUGUGAGGAGGAGGUUGGCGCAGCACUCGCGAGCAUGGCGGUGAGCGGAGAGGAGGCCGUGCAGGCGAGAGCAGAGCUAAUGCAGCAAGUCGACAAAGACGGCGAUGGCAAAAUUUCCCAGGAGGAGUUGCAGCAAGCCAAGGCGGAAGCUGAAGCAGAAGCUCCGACGACGGCUCCCGAGCCGAGAUCAUUGACACGCAGCCUGCUAGCCUUCACCUACUCCGACAUUGCCAAAAGACUUUUGGAACAGAAGAGCUUCAAGGACUUGGACAAGGACGGAGAUGGAUGUGUGACCAAGGAGGAGUUGGAUGCGAACUUGGCAGACAUGAAUGUAAGUGGUGAGGAAGCGGCCAAAGCAAACAAGCAAAUCAUGCAGAUGGUGGACAAGGAUGGCGACGGCGUAAUCUCCAAUGCAGAGCUUUCGGAAGCAAAAGCCGAGAUGCCCGAACGUGGGACACGUGAUGUUGUGGGCAUCCCUGUCAGCACGUGGAUUGCUGCCACGGGAGCAAGCGUUUUUCCUGCCUAUGGCUUUCACCAACGCCCGCUCCGUGCUACGCAGCUUUUCGAUGAGGCGCUGAGACUGAUACAGGGGCUUCGCUCAGAGAAGACCCUCGCCGGGAGCAUAGGCGCUGUUCUGCUUGUCAAGGACAGAGCCGAUGCGGACAGCCUGAAUCUGCGCAUCGAUGAAGCUUAUGGCACUGUUGACGAUGCAGAAGCUGAGACGAACGUGGAACACGCUUGUGUUGCUGCUGACAUUGACGGUUUCGUUGAGCAGCUUGAGAAAAUGGUGCAGGAUAUAUUGGUGGUGUGUGUAUUGCCCUCGGCAGAUCAGGAGAUACAGCUUGAGCUGCCCUGUGCUGCAAUGGAGCGCCUGCAGAGGUGCAACGUGUGGUUCUUGAGCGCUCAAGAUGCCGCCGUGAUAUGCACCUCCGACGGACCACUCCGUACCAACAUCCAGUUUGAGGGCAUGACCUGCAAUCUUCCAAGUCAGGCAUCGAUGCAAUUGCCCGGCGAGGUACUGGUGGGCGGCGCAGCAGCCGCCACUGGAGCUGGUGUUGCUGCUUUGGCGCAGGUCGGCACGCUGGCUGCCACGACUAACGGCAUCGUGUAUGCCGUCACUGGAGGAGCUGCUGCUCUUUCAAUCGGUGCCGGCUUUGCUGUGGUGGCGUCUGUGGGGGCCGUGGCCGGCCUCGCUGUCGGCUUGCCUCUGGCCAUGUGUGUGCAAGGACGCAGCCAUGGCGCAGCGUCGCAAGACAAGGUCGAACUUCCAGCCACCUUCGCCUCGGAGGAUGGCGGCGGUGCUUUCGCGCCUGGCAGCGAAGCGUCGAAUGCUUGGGAUGGUGACCCUGAGACCUUUUACGACGCAUCUGCAGCCUCCGGGAGCUUCACUGCUGGAGACCUACAGCGCAGCCAUACGAUUGGGGCGAUCCAUUUCGUGGCGAGGAGAGGUUUCACACACAGCAUGAUUGGCGGCAAGUUCGAGGCA